GGGGCGUCGCGGGCCAGCGGCGCGCAUGCGCACCCCACCGGGCGCCGGGGCACGGCCGCGCGGCGCCGCUUUUUCUUCCAUUUUCCCCUCCGUUUUCGCCCCCGCCGAGCCCUCGUGCAGCGCGGGACGGCUCCGCAAGCGCCUCCGCCCCUGGAGCGUGGGGCAGGGGGGGUCGUUCGGCUGCUCGCAGCGUGGGGCGAGGCGGGAGCAGCCGCGUCGUCGUGCAGCGGCUCGUAGCCCCUUUCCCCUGGGGACUUUUGUCUCUUCAAGGCUGUGGUUCGCCCCGCUCCCGCGUCAGGCACAACCUUUCGCGGCGGCGGUUGGGCAGGGCGUGCGCUUGCCUUAGGGUUUUAUUCCUGAAGGCUUGGGGUGGGGGCAGGCUCGGUGUGGGCAGUUCGGAGGGUGGCACCAAGGCUGGGGUCUGCCCCCGCUGGUAGGAAUAAAAACAGACCCCAGGCCUGUCACCCAGCACUCAUGUAGCCUGGAGUUGGGGACACUUGGAUUAAGAACAUAUAUUCUUCCAGUUUGUCUAGGUGUGGAAGAAUAUUUCUUAUUUGAUGUACCACUAUACCUGUGUUGAGUUUUACUAAGGUGUAUGUCACAUUCUGCAAAUAGACAUACCAUGCUAGUGGAUUAAAUGGCUGGUGUUUUUCCACUCUUUAAACUAAGCUUGUUGUUAACAUCAUUAAAUAUCAGGCUCUAUUUGUUUUGCACAUAGUUUAAAAUGCUGUAUUUUGUGGCGCAUACUAUUGGUAAAGCGGUAAGACAGGUUCAGAGUGCCUGUAGUGUCCUAUAUACCCUUCCUAAAUAACUACUGUUAGUUAAAUUACAACAGGUGCCUGUGCUUUGUGAAUAAACACAGGCACUAAUUUUAAGGAAUGAUAAUUCUUGAGCAGAAAAACUGAGACAUCAUUUGAAUGGUCCUAACCACCGCCCAUAUUCUAUAUUUGUUCCAGUUGGACACAGUAUUUUAUUAAAUUAUGGUUGGAAUAAGUGUUUACAGGGUAACGGUGUCUUCAUUGUCUGUAUCUGGUCUGUAGUUCUCCAGAUUUGGAACAAAAACAUCUUUUGAGAGUUUUCUGGUUUUAAUAUAGUUGCAUAGCAUACUGUGCAAGGACUUCUACUGCUUCUGUUCUUUUUACCUUGUAUAAGAAACAUACCACUGGUAGUUAUUGAAAAAGCUCUAGAUGUAACUAAAGAUUUUACUAAACUGCUAACCAAAAGUAGUUCUAAAUCAUCCAAACUGGCAUCUUAAACCAGCUCACAUCGCCAGAGUAAAACUAAAUUUCAUUAUUCUUUUUGUUUCUGUGGUGUAAUGUAGCUCUUACAAAUGCUUGUAUACCUACUUAACUUAAAACAUGUGGCUAAUCCAGUUGAAGUCAGAAGGUUCAUUUGCAUGAAUAAAGUUAAUGGGAUGCAUUAGUUUGCAGAGUUGUGGUCAUAGCUUAUACUGCUAUUAAGUUACUGACAACUGCCUAAUUUGUGACUAACAAAGGGCUGAAUCUUAAAAGUAGAACUGUGAUACAGUGUUACAAAUGCUUUAGUUAGUGAAGAAGGAAGCAAUUGUCCUGCUAGCCAUGGAUAUUUAAAAGAAGUAGCUUUAUAAGAUAGAAUAUAUUCUACCUCCUAUAAGCAUAGUAUACUGCACUUACAGGUCCAGUGUCUUUGUACAUGGCGUAUAUUUCCCUUGGGAUGUGCAAAAAAAAAAAAAAAAAAAAGAAACACCAAAACCAAAAGCCUAAGGUCUUGGUAGACAUGGAAGGUGAAUUGAAUGAAUGCAAUUACAGUUUAGGUUUCCAAGACUGUAGCUAAUGGUGCCACUACUGCAGUUUUUUAUUUAUAUGUAUAGUAGAUUUCUUAUUAUAGUUGCAGCUUUAUCUCAGAUUUAUAUUGGUGCCAAUUUUUUUUUUUUCCCCGCUCCUUACUACUUUUUUAUUGCUGCAGAUUUGUGGAGGGAAAAAUAAAUUGCGGAGGAUAGUGAUUUUUCUUGUACCUGUUUUGGCUAGACACUAGAAUAAUAGGCUUUUGGACUUGUGUAAGAUGACUUUUUUUAUUUUAAUGAACACUUGUUUGUUGCUGAUAUUAAGAAUCUCUCAGAAACUGCUUGUUCCUUUUUAUCAUUAUGUGUUAAUCCCUGACACUUUUAUGAUGUCUUGAUAAAGAGUUUUAUGUUUAGUUAUGUGUUGGCUUAUAGUCUGAGUAAAAAUUUCUUGUUAAGUAUAGUUAGCAGAAACCAGUUUUGGAUAUGAAUUAUUUGAAUGAGAGGACUGUCCUUAAGUGUGCAGGUUUUAUUUCCUAUCUGUCAAAUUAAUUAGUGUUUUCAACGCACUAGUCUACAAAGACUUAACAUUUUUUUUAGGUAGUUCCAAUGGGCUUACUAUUUAGAAUAAUCGACACUAAGACUAAUGCUAUAAAUUAUAGGGAGAAGUAGACCAUAGAAAAUUUUUUUUGAUCUUUGAAGUAGUCAUUACAGAACAGCUACCUAACUGCUGUAUUCACAUUUCUUAGGGAGGAAUCAUGUACACAGGAAAAUUCCAGUUUUCUCAUUGUUGUUUCUUCUUUUGUGGUACUCCUUGUCACCAAACAUUUCUGAGCUUCACCCAGUCUCCUGGGGAGAUUCGUUGUUCUGGAUGCUGAUUAAAGUUAGCUACAAGAGAAGAAUUUGGCAUUUGUGGCAAAUUAUGUGGGAUUAUUGUUACAUUAAGUACAUGUUUCAUAAAGUGAAUGUGCUAUCUACUUCAGAAGCAAGCUCCUCUUUAAUUCUGCUGUGUUCUCCCCUCUCCAUUUGUGCUCCUUCUUGCCACAAAAAGGGAAGGAGGGUGGAUACUAUGGAAAAAUUUGCUCAAGCACUGCUUUUUUUGUUGUUGUUGUUGCUGUUUGUUUGGGGUUUUUUUGUUUGUUUGUUUGGUUUUUUUUAAGAAUACCUUCCAGUGUGGCAAGUUUAAACGUAUUAGUAGGAUAGUCCUUUGUAAGGCUGGUAUCCAGCAGUCCUGGAGAAACCGGAAGGACGCUGAGUUCCAGGUUUUGCUGUCAGUCAACGUAGAGCAGUCACAUCCUGGUGCCUGACUCCAAGGCUUGGACUGAAUUUUCAUCUCCCUAAUCACAGCAUAGAGAGAAGGAGUUCUUUUUGGUACUACUGUUAGUUUUUUAAUUAGUAUUCAGUUAAGAGAGGGAAUGAGGAAUAAUGUCUGUCUUGAUGGGUUUACAGGGGGUUGAGGAAUAGGAGACCACUGAAGUGGAAAACCAAAUAAGGUUAGUUGGCUUAGAAGGUGUAGCAAGCGUGGAGGAAAUAUUUGCAGGAAACAUGCUUUUUCAGUUUUGGUAGGUUAUCUGCACUGUCACUUAGCCAGCAACCUGCUCAAAGCUACCUUAUUUUAUUACUAGAGCAGGCAAAUGUUGAAUCCUUAAAACUACUGCUUUGUCAUCUUUCUCUUUUCAGUUUGCAUACCACUUUGCCUGAAUUUAAUAAACUGAAAGUUCUUUCUGUAACAAACUCUCUUUUCAGUUCCAGUGUGUUGCCCACCAGCUGGACAUCUGGUUUUUCAAAAUCAUGUUCAACUGCAUGCUUUCUAAGCCUGUCAAGACAAGGUUAAAAUUAUAUUAUGACAAAAAUCCAGGUAGCUUUCUAACUUUGAGUCUGAGGUUCAAGAAAAAGGUGAGAAAUCCUGAAGAAAUUAGAUUGCUUCAAAGGUACACAAAUUGGGAAGAAGAAUUGAUUUCCUCUGAAGUUACUGAGAUUUCCGAAUAGUACUGAGUUCAUUAUGAAGAUGUGUUAACUGGUGAUUCUUUUGAUACUAAUGUAGCUACAUUACUACAUAGUAGUGUCAUCACUUUGACUCUAAUUUAUGUAUAAUUCCACUGACUAUCAAGAAUCUCGCAUAUUAAAGAAAAUGUGUUAAUCUCUGUCUGUCUAGCUAUGGAAAUUGUUGCUAACUAACUUUUCUCAAAAAAAAAAUCAAUGUAAUACUUUGAUAAACAUACCCAGUAUGAUUGUAGUCUCAAAGACAGUAAAAUUUUGCUCUUGCAGAUGCUUGAGUGCUUAUUGUGCUUAAUGUAGAUAAAUUGCUAGGUCUGACAGGUAUGGAAGAGUAAGCGAAAUUUGUUGUCUGUAAACGUGGGAUAUGUUGAGACAAUGCUUCAUGAAUUUAUAUGAUGGUUUUGGAGUUUGUGUGGCUUGUUAAUGAAAUUUCCAAACAUUCAGUAAUGUAUUUAUUCAACACAGGGUACUGUUUUAAGUAUUCUAAAUAAGUGCUUCAGAACCCUGCUAUGCUCUGUAGUGUUCUGAAACUUGAACACGAGUGAAUUUGGUAGCAAACUGAUUUCUAUCUAGACUUUACAGAUGUUGUAUUAUCAGUGUUUAUUUAACUUGUAAGACAGGGUACCUCCUGUGUACUGUUGUGAAAUCAGUGUGCCAAUUAGUGUUUUGUCCUGUGGUAUUAAGACUGAAUACUCAGAGAUUAUUACUAAUAUUUGAAAUAUUAGUAAUACUCUUCUGAUCUUUUAUUCCUAGUCAUAAGUUACUAAGUAGGCAAUUGCCAGAAAAAACUCUAAUCCCAAAACAAAUAACCAAACAGAAAAAAUGAAUGUAUGAGCUGAAAUUAGGGCGAUUCCAAAUUUCUUUUCUUGUUCUGUGUAAUCUGAGAUCUUCAUGAGAAGCCAUAUUUCCUGCGCACCUAUGAGUAGAGCAUGUCUCGUGAGAUUUUGCUAUAUCUGCAAUCCUGAUAGCAAAAAAUAACCUGCAGCUUCUUUGUGUGAGGGGGAGGGUGUUUUUUCUUGGGACUUUAUUCCAGACAUUAGUACUCUAUGUUGUUAUCUAAUCUUUGUACUCAGUUUAGAGCUUAACAUCUACUUUUUAAUAACAUGUUAUAGCAACUAACAGUAGUUCAGAGUAUCUUAGGAUGCAAAAGAAGGUUUGCUGUAACAGUCCUCUUGGUACCCAACUACUGGUUUUCUUUGAGGUUAAUAUUUUAAAUAGAAUUUGAACUGAAUUUUGUGGGUGGUUGGGUGGUUAUAACUGCCUGGAUAGCCCUGCUGAGCCUUAUGCACCUGUUUUGGUUUAUUCUGCAAUUUAGGCCUAAACUUCUCUUGCCUCUAGUAAAAGAUUGUUUAAAAAAUUUUGGAUGAAUUAAUUGGCAGAGCAGUAUGGAUAAAAUUGAUUUACAGAAUGAGUUAGCUAAUGAUAUUUAUUGUCAAUUGGGACUGUUUUUUUUUUAAAAAAAAAAUCAAUUUAAUGUCCCUUCUGUAAUUUUGGUAAACCCAUGUGGACAGUAGGAAGUGGUAGAGAGCUAUGUAUUGACUUAGAAUUCAAUAUAUCUAAAAUACAAAAAGCAUUAAUAAAGUAAUGUUCACCUGCUUAUUUGAAAUUUGAGUUUGCAUUUCAAAAUCUAAAGUUAUGGCUCAAUUUCAAUAAUUCUGCACUGGUAGGGUCCUACAGUGUAUUUAUUUCAGCCCAUCUCUCAUGGCCUCCGCAUGGAUAACUCUCUUCAGCUGUACUUGGUCAGACUUGAAAGUAAAAGGAGCUAAGGAAUCUUGCAAGUAUUUUGACUCGUGGAUGUAGUUUCCAAGUAAUUAAGAGAAACUGCAGAAAUGAAAUGUCCAUGGAACCAGACUGCAACCUCUCUUCAGUUUAGCUAGGCAAGGUCUGCCAUGCAAUGCAUAUAGAAGAAAUAACUCUCUUGAUCUUCAAAUAAAUCUUAGUGCUUCACCUCAUCCUUAUCUAAACUAAAGAUUGAUUUAAUGUAGAAGUGAACUUGGAUAUAGAAAUCCAAAUCUCUAGCACAUAAUUAAAAAUAGUGCUAAGUGCCGGAGACACUUUAUUUGCAGGUCGUCAGGUUGGAUUCCAAAACGUUGUCAUGCGAUUGGAGGGGUCCGUGUUGUCUUGCAGUUGGUCAGUUGUUGAGCUAUUUGGAGAACACACUGCUUUUUAAUGAGCCUAUGUAUGGUAAUGCUGCAGCUAUGGGAUGACAGGCUUUGUUUUCUGCAUCCGGAAAGAUAGGUGUAUAAAUAUUUCUGACAACUGUUGUACCAGGUCAUUUGUGGGUACUGAUCUCAACUGAAUGAAAUGGGAUUGCUGAUACUGAGAGUAGUAGGUACAGAGCUGUGGGCUGGGUCCUGCCAAUCGUGAGGGUGGAAAAAAUCGCAGAAUUAAUUUCAAUGUAGCCUUUAAAAUUAACAUAAAUCAGUGGAUGACUGCAUCCACUUAUCCAUACAGGAGAUCUGAAGACUGUUCCUAACUUCAUAAGGUAGAUUUUUAUGAACUUCAUUGAUUUGUUAAUGGGUUAAUAAAUGUGUCCUCUGUAGCUUGUUAUAAAGUCCUUGAAACAGCAGAGUAUUGAGAAAGAGGGUCUCCUUUGCCCAGCUCUCAGCCUGUGGCACAAUACGGAUUCAGUGGGAUGCGUAAAUCCCAGGCAAAACCUCACUUGUAAUGAAUCUGGUAGCCUUUAAGAGUGCACUGGACUGAGAGUCUGAAGUAAGAAUUGGGAGCAGAGGUAAAAAUGUGAUUGAAAAAUCACCUUUCAUUUUAAGUAUUAUUGAAAAGAAAACAAUAACUUUUAUAAGUCAGUAUUUAGUUAUUUUGUACUAUUUAUUGAUCCAUGGAGGAAAGUAAACUCUGGAAUGAAAGCUCUGGCCUGCAGAAAUUUUACUAUGAAUUCUAGAUAAACUCAACGUUAGUGUAUCUUUCUACUUUCCACCUUUCCAUUCCAAAUUCCCAGAAAUAAUAAGUAAAAGUUUGGCUACAAAGGGUUCCCCCAUUCCUUUUAUUUUCCUGCAAGGCGAUGGUGGGAUUUCUUAUUCUGUAGUUUGUUCUGCGUUAUUUUGAUGCUUAUACUGAAAGCAUUAAAAAUAACUUGUGGCUGUUUGCUUGUUUUCUUUUGGUUCUUCUUGAAGCACAAAGUCAGAUGCAAAUUGCUGCAGGACAAUAGCUCGUUUUGUCCCAGCUAGCAGCCUCCUGUUUAAGACAAGACAAAGGCCCCAUUCUGGGAGUCCUGUGGUGAAGGGGCAUUUCUUAUUGGUUUCAGUAGCAUUAAUUGGUAAUGAUAUAACCAGAGGAUUAUAUGUAACUUUCUUGUUUGGAGUAUAUAAUAAGACCUUAAAUUCCAAGUUUACCAUCAGGGAGUCUCUUCUGUAGUAGUUUGUUUGUACUUAAUAUUUUGUUCAUACUUAGUAACAUUCAGCUGCCUACCCUUUCCAAUCUUAGGCCUGAAUUUUCAUGGGUAAUGGAAGCUGUAGCUGCUUUAACUUGUUCGCCAAACCGCUGCUGAAAGAGGCUGCCUUGGCCGUGUCCACCUCAAGCACCGCUCUGCCGCAGGCCUGGCGUAGUCAUGCACUGAGCCUGGCUGGGACGCCGGCCGCCUGGACACCUCGCUCCAUCAGAGAUGAAUCUGCGUUCUGUAUUUACUGUAGAACAACAAAGGAUAUUACAGCGUUAUUAUGAAAAUGGAAUGACAAAUCAAAGUAAAAAUUGCUUUCAGCUCAUAUUACAGUGUGCACAAGAAACUAAACUGGACUUCAGUGUAGUCAGGACGUGGGUUGGCAAUAAAAGAAGGAAGAUGAGCAGCAAGAAUGCUGUAGAGUCUGGAGGCACUCCCCCAGGGACUGUCCCUACUACACCCUCAGUACCUCCAGAAGCAGCAGUUAGAAAUGUGGUAAAUAUUGCUCGAUCCCAAAGUCAGCAGUCUUCUUGGACCUCUUCCAAUAAUGAUGUCAUAGUUACUGGUAUAUACAGUCCUGCUAGUUCAUCUAGUAGGCAAGGAUCCACCAAACAGACAAAUGCUUCGAUGGCAGAAAUACAUAAAAACUCUAUUCCGAGACUAUCAGGAAAAAGUGAUACGGAAUUUCAGCAGCAGCACAUCCCUAUAGGACGGCAAGUACCACAUUGUAAAAAUGCUUCCCUAUUAGUAGGGGAAAAGACUAUUAUUUUAUCUAGGCAAACAAGUGUACUGAAUUCUGCGAACUCCAUAUAUAGUCACACUAAGAAAAGUUAUGGUGGUUCAUCAGUCCAGACUGCAGAGUUGGUGUUACCUCAAAAGCCAGUGAUAUGCCACAGACCAUGUAAAGCUGAACCCGUGGGAUGUCAAAGGUUACAAAAACCAGAACAUGCAGCUCUUGCAUCACAUGUGCCCUUUGGACAAAGGGCUAAUACUAGGGACCCUUCUUGUAGCACCCAAAACCUGGAAAUUCGUGAGGUGUUUUCUCUGGCAGUGACAGAUCAACCCCAGAGAACUGUGGGAGGAAGUACAACACAGAAGCAUUGUUCAGUGGAAGGCAGCUGUCUAUCCAUUGCAAUGGAAACUGGAGAUGCUGAUGAUGAAUAUGCUAGAGAAGAAGAACUAGCAUCCAUGGGAGCACAAAUACAAAGCUAUUCAAGAUAUUGUGAAAGUAACAGUUCCGUUCGAGUAGAGAACCAAAGUGCACCCUUGUCUGGACCGGGAAGAAAUGUGAGCUGUAGUUCGCAGAUGGUGAAUGCCAGGGAUGUGCCUGACAAUAUAUUGUAUCAUAACAGAGACUACCACUUGCCUGCACGGACCUCAUUACAUACAGCAUCCAGUACGUUAUAUAACAGUGCUAAUCCAUCAAGAAGUACUUUUUCUCCUCAUUUUACAUCUUCAAGUCAACUGAGGCUGUCACAAAACCAAAAUAAUUACCAGAUUUCAGGAAACCUUACUGUGCCUUGGAUUACAGGUUGUUCCAGAAAAAGAGCAACGUGGAUUGGGAAUCGAAGACGGAAAUAUCGUUUAAUGGGGAUUGAGGUCCCACCCCCUAGAGGAGGUCCUGCUGAUUUCUCUGAUCAAUCUGAAUUUGUUUCUAAAUCAGCACUUAAUCCAGGAGAGGAAACUGCUACUGAAGUGGGGGAUGAUAAUGAUAGGAAUGAUGAAGUAUCAAUCUGCUUAUCUGAAGGAAGCUCACAAGAAGAGACAAGUGAUACUCUUCAAAAUGAAGAAAUCUGUCACAAAGAAGAUGACCAGAAUCCAGUAUCUACUGAUAAUGUGAAAAUAGAAAUUAUAGAUGAUGAAGAAAGUGAUAUGAUAAGCAAUUCUGAAGUGGAUCAAAUGAGUUCUCUCUUGGAUUAUAAGAAUGAAGAAGUCAGAUUCAUUGAAAAUGAGUUGGAAAAUCACAAACAGAAGUAUUUUGAACUACAAACAUUUACUCGCAGUUUGAUACUUGCUAUUAAAUCAGAUGAUAAAGAACAGCAGCAGGCACUGCUGUCAGACUUACCUCCUGAAUUAGAAGAAAUGGAUUUCAAUCAUGCAUCCCCAGAGCCUGAUGAUACCUCAUUCAGUCUGUCGUCUUUAUCUGAGAAAAAUGCCUCAGACAGUUUGUGAUUGUUUUUUUUUUUUUUUAUUGACAAGAAAAAAAAGACUGCCUAACAUGUAGGUUUGAGAACAGCUUUUUGUUAUCUAAUGUUCUUCAAUCAAAAAAAAAAAAAAAAAAGGCCUAAGGUGAGGUAGACCUUGCUGAAGGAUGACCAUAGUAUGUAAUAGCUGCAGUUUGCAAUGACAAAAAUUUGAAAUGUUGUUUUUGGUAAAUGAAAGAACUGUGUGAGGCAAGGUUUCAUUUUUUUUGUAGAAUAACUUCUGACUUUCCAGAAUAACUCUUGCUCUGUAGCAAAGUCUCUUUGAGCAGGGGUCCAAGAGUGGAAAACACAUGUCCUGUUACACACCCAAAUAAUUUUUUCUGAGUUGCUUGCUAUAUGAAACUCACUAGUCCUGUUUAUUGUAGAUUCCCCAUCCCCAAUUCUUACUCAGGUAGGUGGACUAAAAAUUGGGAAUCCAUAUACAAGAAUGGGCUUUUUAUGAAUUGUCCUUGAACCUCUUUGGAAAUCUGAAAUUAAACUAAAGUGCUUUUCAUUAUGUGAUUGCAAAUUGUUGAAUCUUCUGUUUUCUGACCAAAAUAACUGACAAAAACUUUGAAAGGCUAACCAAAUAAUUUGAAUUAUCAUCAAUAAAUUAUUAAUAUACA